GCACCGUAGCACCCCCUUCCCUUCUCCGGCCUCCGUGUCCAAGAUGGCGGUGGCCGGUGGAGGGGGCCCCGUGCGGCUCCGGCUGCUCUUCGACUACCCACCGCCGGGAAGCCCGGGAUGUUCGCUGUGCUGGCUGCUGCUGGAGCCCAGCCACGUGCGCCUGGUCACCGACCUCAUCAGCCUUAUCCGGGAAAAGUUCGGCUUCAGCCGCCGGGCUCAGCUCAGCCUCUUCCUGGAGGGGGCGCUGCUGCCGCCGACCGAGAGCGCGCGCCUGGUGCGGGACAACGACUCCCUCAGAGUUAAAUUGGAAGAGGUAGUUGCAGAUAUUUGUGAUGAGAUGGGUAACGGUAUCACUUAUUCAUCAAGAAAAGAGAGAAAAAGGCACAGGCAAAAGUUGGAAGAGGAGGGGGAGUCUAAAAGUGAAGAUGACAGACACAGAAGGAAAAAGAAGAAGAAGAAACAGAACUCUGAACAUCUUUCUUAUAAGAAAGAGGACUCUGUAAAUGUUCAAGACUCUUGGAAAAAGUCCAAGAAAAGAAAAAGAAAAGAAGAGGUGAAUGGAAGAAAUGGUAUCACAGGAGGCAAGGAGGACAGUGGUCUUGAUGAGUCCAAAAAGCUUAAAAAAAAGUUGGAGGGGGAGAAAGAGCUGGAGCAAGAAAGAAAGGAUGCUAAGCAGAGAAAGAUAAGGGCAGUUAGAGGAAAGACUGUCUUAGAAAAGGCCAACAACAGUUUCCUUCUGAGUCCUAGUAAAAGUAGCACAGUAAAAAACAUUGCAGCCCAGUCCAGCAAAAAAAGAGGGGGAAUUUUAGAUUGUGAUUCCUCCAGCACAUCAUCUGACAGUGUAAUGGAUAUGAAACAAAAUAAAUCCUCACAUAAACCUGUGGCAGCAACCGUACACAGAGACAAAUCCCAACUUGUUGCAAAUUCUGCUAUAAAAACUGUUACUGCUAGUAAAGUUACUGCCAAGUCUAAAGAUGAAAAUUCCCCUAAGACUGCAAUUAGUAAAAAAGCUAAACCCCAGUCCUCGAGUUCAGAUUCUGACUCUAGUAUGGAAGAGGAGGAGCAAAGCAGUAACUCAAAGAGAAAAUUGCUGCCUAAAAAUCCACCAAUUGUGAACAUUAUGCCAAAGUCCCCCAAGGCAAAGACAUCCUCUUCAAAGUCUGAUAGUUCAGAUUCAGAGACAUUUGUUAUUAAAAAGCCCAUAGCAAAUGUUGGCUUCAAUAAAUCCGUAGUAAGAAAUGGUGAUAAACAGUUGCCAACUAGCAGUCAAGGACCAGCUGUAAAUCCUAGCAGUUUUGGAAGGGGACUUGGAAGAGGAGAGGAUAACUUCUUCUGGAGAGGAAAUAGGGGCCGUGGGUGUCGUGGGAUGAUCCGGGGCCGGGGCCGGGGCCGGGGUCGAAGCCGAGGAGAAAGCAAUAGCUUCUUCUUCAACUACGGUCGUGAAAGCCAGAAAGAGCAGCAGUUAAAUGAAGCAGCAACAAACACUUCAGUUGUUAUCCAGAAUCCAGUGGAAGUUCCAAAGAGGGAAUAUAGUGUACUACCUCUAUUAGCUGCCCCUCCACAAGUAGGGGAAAAAAUUGCCUUUAAGCUUUUGGAAUUAACUGACAAUUACACUCCUGAAGUAUCUGACUACAAGGAGGGAAAAAUAAUCAGUUGGAAUGCUGAUAACAAACAGCUAGAGCUUGAGAUUCUUUCCUCUUCGGCAGUGGUGAAAGAGCCAGGAAAGUUUGAUCUGGUGUAUGAGUCUGCAGAUGGAGCUGAAGUGAUAGAAUAUGCUGUUUCUCAGGAUACAAAGAUAACUGAAAGCUGGGAUGCACUGAUUGAACCAAGACUGAUUGUUGAACCUUCUCCUACUAAUGAAUCGACCACCGAGAACGUCCCUGACCAGCUACAGAUGUAAACACCAGUGUCCCCUGCUAAUGUAUUUUUUAAUCAUAUGUAAAUUGGAAAAUCAGCAGCUCUCAAUGCAGGUUCACUUUAGACCUCUGUCUUAAAUAGAAUUUAAGAAAAAGCAUCUAUAUGAAUUACAGUGCUAACCACUGGGAUGUAUUUGAAAUGCUAGGCAUGGAUUACUGGCUGUGCACUUUCCCAGCAUAAUUUACAGCAGCUUAGGGCUACACUAAUUUCAUCCUGGCUAUUAACUGCAGUGGGGGAAUCACCGAGGUCCAUGAAAGCCCAGUACCUUGACAGCCAGGAGAGGGGAUGGUAGCAUGGAAUCCAUUGUGGUAAUUCUGUGUCUCUUGUACCAGUCCUCUGUGCUAGAUUGAUCCUCCUGUGGUUGGCUCCACCAUCUUUCAGGCCUCUGUGCAUCAGUGCAGUAAUGCAAAGCAGCUCUAGUGCAUCUGAGAAACAGGGCUUCUGACUUUCACAGCUUACAGCUAGCCCUGUAGGGACAGCUGUCAUAUCUGGGAAUUGAACCUGGGUUUCCUGUGCGGUAGUGCUGGCUGGUUUAGGUACUGGGCAGGGUUAGUCAAAAGUUAUGAGCUGUUGAAAAGUAUUGGAAAGCUAUUUCUCUCUUUGUUUUCUAUAUAAUUGGUUUAAUAACAGUUGGUUUGGGGAAAAUAUGCUCCUGAUAGAUUUAUAUUGAAACAGCUUCUAUAUGCAUACCUUGGUAUCCCUGGUCCUUUACAAAUACAGCAUAAACAAUAGCUCAUUUCUUAAUCACAGGAGUGGGCCAUAGCAUGGAAAAAUGCACUGUAACUUUGUCAGUGACUCAACCCUGCAUGCAUUGUUUGUUACUCACUGUUUGCACAUUCAGAUAAAGCUCAAUAAUACACAGCUGCAGCAGCUGUUAUCAGUGUACACAGAGAAUGUGAGUGUAGGCUGAUCUGAAUGAUGUGAUAGGGCGGACCAAGCAGGACAGUCAUUGAAGCCAAACACCAGUAGAGUCAGAAGUCCAAUUUGAUUUGCAUAAGCACCACAAAAUUAUCCAGAUCUUUUUGGUUUAGAAAUCUGAUGGGACAGUUUAGGAGAUAAAACUCCAGAACACCAGGGUUUCAGUCGAGUCAGACAUCAAAGUGGCCUCUGAUGAGUUUUCAUGAUCUCCACAAACCAGAAAUCCAGAAAGCACAAAAAUAUAGUAAAAAGAAAAGGAGUACUUGUGGCACCUUAGCGACUCACAUUUAUUUGAG